AUGGAUCCCGUGGACGAAGAAGAUCCAGCCGAAGGGACAGUCCGUGACCUCGACGUGGGUAGUGAAAGGAGAAAGAUCGACGACUGGCUCGCGCCCGUGGACCAAUCUUGGUUCGUUAGAGUCAACAAUGACAUACAAGGGCCAGCACCGCAACACAAUCGUAGCGUCGACGAGGAUAUGAAGGAAUUAGAUUCCAACGCCCUUCUGUGGCUAAAAGGUCCUGAGGGAUAUGGCAAGAUGCAGAAAUGUGCGAACUACAUCAGGAAGAUACAGCACUACAGCCGGCUAGCAGACUUCGGAGAGUCCCGCGAUUCUCCCGCCUACUUCUUCUGCACGACAUAUGACCUCUAA